CGUAACACUUGGGUAGUUCCCCUCGUAAGGAUUACAUAUCUUAGCCUGCAUUAUAUUCUAUGAUUAUAUGCACGUGCACGUCCGUUUUAUUACACCGUAAUUUAAAGUUUGUUCCAUUUUGUAAUGUUGUUUUUUAACAAAAUAAACACGAAAUCAAAUGGAACAGAUUUAAUUUUCAAAUGUUUAUAAAAAUUAAUAUCAUCAGUAUAAUUUUUCAGAAAUGAGUAACGUUAUUUUAAAAGAGGCAUUUGAAGUUGAAUCCAAGCAUGGUGCAUUUUAUACAGGAGGAAAUGUUCAGUGGAGCAAAGAUGGUCAACAUAUAUUUUGUCAGAAGAAUGGUGUAGUUUCUAUAGUAUCAGUGAACAAAGGCAUAGUACUUUAUUAUUUGGGAGAAAGAAAUGAUGUUGAAGAGGAAGAUACGAUUAAUACAUUCACAUCGAGUGAUAAUAAUUUGAAUAUUAUUACACACCACAAAAGUGGUCUAUUCAAAUUAUGGAAUUGGAAAGAUAAUAAAUUAAUCAAAUUAUGGAAGUCUAUUCACAAAGGUCCAGUAGCUUGCAUUGCACACUUGAGCGAAAAGAAUUUAAUAGCUUCUGGAGGUAGUGAUGGUGCCGUCAGAUUAUGGGACUUGGAGCAUUAUGCUUGUAUUCACAACCUGAGAGGAGUACAAGGAGUUGUUAGCGUGUUAAUUUUCCAUCCAAAUACUGAAAAAGACCUUAUCUUUGCUGCUGGCGAUGAUGCUAAAAUUCAUGGAUGGAACAUUAAAUCUGGUAUAGAAAAAAUAACCCUUUCUGGACACUUUAGUAAAGUUACAUCUUUAUCUUUUCUUAAAGAUGAGGAUUAUCUAGUUAGUUCAGGGAGAGAUAAAGUAUUAAUUCUAUGGGAUAUUUCUUCUGGAUCAUCAAUACGUAUUUUACCAGUUUAUGAGGAAAUAGAAGAUACAUUUAUUAUUCCUAAAAAUGCACAGUCGGCAGUGUUGUGUGAUAAAGAUGAAAAUGGUGUUUAUGUUGCUGGUGCAGGAGAAAAAGGUAUUGUCAAAAUUUGGGAAAUGAGAAGUGGUAAAGAAGUAUAUACCCAGAAAAAUUCUAUUGUGUCAGCAGCAAAAGAAGAAGGGAACUUUGCAAUUAUACAUUUGCUUUAUAACGAAAGUAGCAACAGUUUUGCUGUAAUUACCGUAGACCACAACAUAAUUAUUCAUUCAUUCGAAACGUUUGAGCAUGUAAAACAGUUAAUAGGUUACAGCGAUGAAAUUUUGGAUAUUGUAUAUUUCGGAAAUAAUGGAAGUCACAUAGCAGUUGCUACCAAUAGUUGUGAUAUAAAAUUAUAUAACAUAUCAACUAUGGAUUGUGAACUAUUAUGUGGGCAUACAGAUAUUGUUUUAUCUCUUGCUGUAACAUCUGCUAACGUCAAUCUACUUAUAUCAUCAGCAAAGGAUAAUAGCAUUCGCGUAUGGUGUAUGGAUAAAGAAACAACAAAAGUAUCUUGUGUUGCAUCUUCUGUUAGGCAUACUGCUCCAAUUGGUUCUGUUGCUAUUUCUCAAACAUCGUCUAAAUUCUUUGCUUCAGUCAGUCAAGAUUCUUGUCUUAAAUUAUGGAAUUUAUCGGAAAAUACUGAGCAUAAGGACACGUAUAUUUUAAAUGUAGUUCAUACAGCAUUGGCUCAUGAAAAAGACAUUAAUUGUGUAACCAUAUCGCCAAAUGAUAAAUUAAUUGCUACUGGAUCACAAGAUAAAACAGCUAAACUGUGGUCAGCAGAUAAUUUGCAGUUGCUUGGAGUAUUUCGUGGACAUAAGAGAGGUGUAUGGUGUGUUCGAUUUUCGCCCAUAGACCAAGUACUUUUAACAACAUCAGCAGAUUGUACAGUGAAACUUUGGUCAUUGACAGAACUUCACUGUUUAAAAACACUCGAAGGUCAUGAAUCGUCCGUAUUAAAAGCAGAAUUUUUGAGCCGUGGAAUGCAAUUAAUUACAGCAAGCGGGGAUGGUCUGCUAAAACUUUGGAACAUUAAAACAUCAGAGUGCAUAUGUACUCUGGAACAACAUGAAAGUCGUGUAUGGGCACUUGCCGUUACUAAAGAUGAGAAACAUGUAAUCAGUGGUGGAAGCGAUUCAUUAUUAGUUAUUUGGAAAGAUGUAACCGAUGAAAGGAGAAUGAAGAAAGCAAUGGAAAUUGAGCAACUUGCAUUGGAAGAACAAAAAUUAGCAAAUUUACUUAAAGCAAGUAAAUUGACGUCUGCUUUAAACUUAGCUUUAAAAUUGGAUCGUCCUUUCAAAGUCCUAAAAAUUGUAGAAAAUAUUUUAAAGCAAGAUGCUUCUCAACUUGAACAAACGAUUCGUGAAUUGAAACCUAUUUACAAAGAAGAAUUACUGAAGUGUGCUGUGACGUGGAAUGCCAACAGUAAAAAUUGCCAAAUAGCUCAGGUAGUCAUAAAUACGUUAAUAAUGGAAAUGGAACACUUAGAAUUUAAAACAAAAUUAAGUUCCACGUUAGAAUCCGUGAUACCGUAUACCGAACGGCAUUACGUACGAAUGACAAAAUUGCUCCAGAAUCUUCAUUUGAUUACGUAUAUCUUAAAUCGUAUGAAACCGCAUAUUGCAUCUAUAGAAAUGAAGUGAAAUAUGUAUAUAAGUAAUCAAUUUGAUACAUUGUAUAUUAUUUAAACAUAUUCUUUUUAAUCAUUUUUUCCAUCGAUUAAUAAAUUAUAUGAAAUUCUUUAAGAUGUUUAAAUUUUUGUUUAAAAGGAUUAUCUUUUAAGAUUCUGGAAAAAGGAGCAAAAUUCAAAUUUUAAAUUGUGUAAUGCUUGUUUUAAUAUAUCUAAUAUAAAUACUACUUAAUUUAAAACAAGCACAAUAGAAAUAGAAAUAUUAGAUAGGGUGACCCUUGAUAAGGCUUUUAUUACUCGGGGAUCCAGGGUCUGGGAAAGAAAUUAUGUAAAAUCAAUGUCACAUGCUUUCCCAACGCUUUCUUCAUAAUUCAUUAUAGCAAGAACCAUUUUUAACCGGAAAUUUAGUCGGAAAACAUUGAGGUUCUAUUGUAGAUUGUAGGUGCAAUCCACGCACGACUCUGUUUGCAACAUUAUCACUGGAUACCGCCGCUCUUUCGGCGUAGGAAAACACAUGUUGUUUACAGAUCGAUUAGAUUAAUUGCCCGCGCUAUAUUUCUGCGAAUAUUAUAACGCAACACUACUGUACAUACAAGACCAUUCAGUUGUUACGCACAGCUCUAUGCAGAUAUUUAACAUGACGUCCAAACUCACCUGAAUUUUCAGCACGUGAUUUAGUUUUUCAGAGAUAUGUAAAUAUUUUAUACCAGAUGCCAUUGAUGUAAUUAGAACAUUCUUACAUUAAUUUUGUCUUUCACACUCUGAUUCAUACACACGCACGUCCAUUGAUCAAGUCCUAUGGAAAAGAAAAAAAUAUAUUAAUAGCCUAAAAAGAGAUAUUCUACCGUGUCCAGUUGCAAAAAACCACCCCGUUUAUCAUAGGUUCGGUAUUAAAAUUAUCUUUUAGAAUUUCAUUAUAAUUUAUUUAUUAUUUUAGAAUUUUUUUUAUUCUUCUUUCUGUAAAUCACUUAUUUGUAUAAUUACAUAAAAACUAUUUUCUAUAAAAAAUGUGUAUGAUAUAAUUACAGUAAAAUAAUGAUAAAAAUCUUAAAGAAUUUCAUAAUUGUAUUAUAGUUGUUCACAAUAUAAAAAUAUAAGUAAUGUGAUAUUUAAGGGACUAGUGGUCCUUCCCUAAAAUAUCUCUUAAAUUAUUCAAUUUUCGACCUAAGUGCCUUAAUACUUUUUUGUAAAGAAUUAAAAAGCGCUUCGAUUGGUGUAUAGAAGAAUACAUAGUUCCAUUCAAAAAAGUGAAGCUGACCUUGAAAUCUUUAGAAUGUUUCUACUUCCGGAACCGACACGUGAAGCAAGUGAUGCUCCAUUUGACACCAUUUAAUUUUUUCUAUCUUAUACCAUUUUAGAGCAUAGCUUGGCCCAAUUGUAUGAGACACCCUGUAUAAUAGCAGAGCGCGCGGAAACGCCGGUUCUUUAACAGCUAAUUAUGACAGUAAUUACAAAGUGAUCACCUUAAAAGACUUGUUUUAUAAAUAAAAGUGCAAUGAAUAUCAUCGUA